GAAUAUAUUAUUAUUUUCACCUAUAUAUUUUUUAAUUCUUGUGCUAAAUGCGAUAGUGAAAUAAUUUAUGCAGUGAACGCCGGUGGUGAAACUCAUGUAGAUAAAAAUGGAAUACGUUAUGAAAAAGAUCCUCUUAUGAAUAAAAUUGGUACAGCCAGUGAUUAUGGUAAACAACUUUUAAUGAUUGGACGAGUUCUCCAAAAUGACGAAAUUCUGUACCAAACAGAAAGGUAUCAUCAUGAUACAUUCGGAUACGAUAUCCCUAUUAUUCAAGACGGGGAAUAUGUGUUAGUUUUAAAAUUCUGUGAAGUUUAUUUCAAUGCACCUAACAUGAAGGUUUUUGAUGUCGUUCUAAAUAAUGCUCACACUAUUGUUUCUGAGCUGGACAUAUUCGAUAAAGUUGGUCGAGGUGUUGCUCAUGAUGAAUAUAUUCCAUUCAGUGUAUCGAGAGGAAAAUUGUACUAUAAUGAAGAAGAAUCCUAUAUAAGAGGAGGUCGUUUGAAACUAGAAUUUAUAAAAGGAUACAGAGAUAAUCCAAAAAUUAAUGCAUUUUAUUUAAUAAAAGGCACAUUGGAUGAUGUUGAUAAAUUGCCACCUGUAAAUUCAGAUGGCGAUGUGAAAGAUGUUGAUGAUUCAGAGCAAACUGAUGAUGAAGAUUUUGAUUCUGAGGAAUUUGUAAGUGAACCUUUACGUAAAACAUCGGGUCCAAAACAACCAGACCCUUAUGCAAGUGAUGAAACAUCAGUAUUACUUCCAGUAGUUAUAGCCAUAGGCGCUUUCAUACCUGUACUACUUUUACUUUGUAAAAUGUAAAUAA